AUGACGAUGAUUAUGGAGAUGACGAGCCAGGUGCUACAGAAGGAGCAGCCCCGAUACCGGACUUCGGCUCAUCAGUCAGCGAUAGAUAUCACCGCUCAGUUCAUCUAUGAACGUCUGAAUCCGAAACUUGUUGCUAACCUUGUGCUGAUAUCUCUGGUUACGUUGCCUGAUGAAAUGCCAGCAGCAUUCGCUUCAAGUUUUACCCAGAUUGCCACCGCAGGAACUGAGCAACAUCGGCGUCACCUUGCUCGUAGUAUGGCUACCCAAGCUACAGCCCAAGAACUUGGUCCAGGUGCUGAACAAAUGCGCAAAGAGAAGUUGGCGAAGUUCAUGGAGAGGCAGUCAGCUAGAAAAGACGGUGUGUUCAUACCACCCACUCCAGCCGUUCAUGUCGGAGGACAUCAUACCUCUAAGCCCCCACAGGUUCCUUUUGGGGCUUUACCUGGGCCGACACCGAUCCCGGCUGUUCCUAAAGUUAAGCAACAAUUCAACAUUUUUACUGAUACAAGGGAAUUGUCCAGAGAUGAAAUGGAAGGACUCUUCGAAAGCUGUUUCCAUGCCAUUAUGAAGGCUGAGCGUAGAGCCCGUCAAGGUGGUACAAUGUCAAUGCAUCAUGUGGUACUUGUACGUAUUGCAACACGUUUCUAUCCAUUACCGGAAAAACUGCACAAUGAACUGAUUGAGUUCAUUGUUGAUGCGACUCAACAUCGACAUCGAACCGAUCUGGCUUUGUUAUGGGUGACGGAGCUAUAUUCUCAGUACCAAGGAUUUACUGUCUGCUUCAACCAUGACUACAUGGCUAACUACGGUCGAGCACCGAAAUCAGAACUUUUCGCUAAGUUUGACUCAACAUUGUGCAGCCUCCUGCAAAAGCUGUUGGACAAAGGGCAACACAAAGAAGCGCUAUUCCACAAGUUGCUACUCGAUUGCCCGCUUGUUACUACGAAUGCACUGAGGAUUUUGGAAAAGGCAUGCCUCGAUAAGGUGUAUGGAGCAUUUGGUAUCACAACGUUACGUGAGCUUCUGUUGACGCGGAAUCGACAACGGCCAGAACUGAUUGAUAUGCUGUUCAAACUCUCCUUCUACGAGUGCCCCGAGGUCAAACAAUUAUGUGUGGAUACACUGAAGGAACUGUGCUCGUUGAAAUACAUGCACCAGGAUUUGCGGCUGAAAUUAAUUGAGCAGCUAAAUGAGUGUGCAUUACCGACGCCUCCACCACACUUUGUCACUUACAGGCAAGUCACAGAGUUCGAUGAGACGUUAUAUCGCAGUGGAAUCCAUCUCUAUUUGGCUGUACUCCCGUUAGAUACGUCUUUACUUCUGCCACUUGCAAAGGUUUACACAAAGGCGUCCACGCUUCUCAAGAAGAUCAUGCUGCGUUCCAUAGAGAAUUCUAUCAAAGCCAUAGGAAUGGACAACAAAGACAUGCUUCAACUAAUUGAGGAGUGUCCUGUGGGAGCCGAGUCCUUCGUGGCACGAGUUGUGCAUUUGCUAACUGAAAGACAUACUGCCACAAAGGAAGUGGUCGAUCGGAUGAAGAAGCUGCACGAGACGAGAAAUACUGACGUUCGAUCACUGAUUCCGAUUCUGAAUGGUCUCGAGAGGGAGGAUAUUGUGAGAAUCCUACCGCAGUUCAUCCUGAAAGCGGCUUAUCAAAACUCUGUCGGUCUCGUCUUCAAGAAACUUCUUACGGGUAGAAACAUGGACACUGGUGAACCAACGCUAAGUAUACCAGAUCUCAUCUAUGAGUACCACAAGGUUCAGCCGUCAACUCCUGAGGAGUUUGAAGUACAGUCUUCGAAUUUACGGGAAUUGAUGGAUGCACGUGCAAUGACUAGAGAGACAGUAGCAGAUGGUAUUGAGCGAUUGAUGGAUUUAAACCCCCUUCCUGCUCUUUUUUACUGCACCUUAUUGAUUGUGUAUAAAAAGUAUCCGUCGUUGGACAGCUUUCUUGGGAACAUUGUGCAGAAGGUAAUCGCCAAGGAUCUCUCAUCCCGUGACGAAAUCACGAAAAAGGCAUUUUAUCGAGCCCUCAACAAUCUCAAAACGGUGGCCUAUUCGGCAAUCUUGACAAAGUUCAAUAUGGAGGAAUUUGAAGAGUUCCUCAGCCACAGUAAUCGAGCUGAGACAUUGUCUGCGCUCAAAGAGUUCCUCCCUACAUUGUCUACUCAUCAGCAAAAGAAUAUCAGACAAGAUGAAAAGAAGGACAAGACAAAGGAUGAUAAAGAUCGUGAAAGAGAUAAGGAGCGUAUACGUUUGGAUCGACGUGAUCGUGACAGGGAACGAGAAAGAGCGAAAGAACGACGUGAACGGGAUUCAAGGUAA